AUGGAUAUUGCUAAGGAGAUAUCAAGUGGGUUCGCAGCUAGUUGUUUGAUAGCUCAAGUGGACGAAACACUCUGGGAUAUGGGGAGGCCACUGGAAGGCGACUGUAAAUUGCAAAUGUUCAAGUUUGAUACCAAUGAAGGCCGUGACACCUUCUGGCACUCAAAUGUAAAUUUGCAGUCUCUUGAGAGAGCAUAUGGCUGCAAGCUGUGUAUUGGGCCUUGCACCACAAGAUGGGAGGGUUUCUACUAUGAUGCUUACUACAAUGAUCUGACUUUAAACGAGGAGCAUUUUGGUUUCAUUGAAAACCAAGCUAAAAAGGCUGUUGCGGAAAAGCAACCAUUUGAACGCAUCGAGGUCAGCAGGGCAAAAGCUCUUGAAAUGUUUGCUGAAAAUAAAUUCAAGGUUGAAAUCAUUAAUGAGUUGCCCGAGGACAAGACCAUUACAGUAUAUAGGUGUGGUCCUUUAGUUGACCUAUGCCGUGGGCCACACAUUCCAAAUACUUCCUUUGUCAAAGCUUUCGCUUGUCUGAAGGCUUCAUCAUCAUAUUGGAGAGGAAAAGCAGACCGCGAAAGCGUGCAGAGAGUAUAUGGAAUAUCUUUCCCUGAUUCUCGACGUCUCAUGGAAUAUAAACAUUUUCUAGAGGAAGCUAAGAAACGUGAUCAUAGGAUACUAGGGAAAGCACAGGAACCCUUCUUUUUCCAUGAACUUAGCCCUCGAAGCUGCAUCUUCCUUCCACAUGGUGCUAGGAUAUAUAACAAACUGAUGGACUUUAUGUGA